CAUAAACACAGCCUAUGGGGGGGCUUUGUGUGUCUCCAAACAAACAAAACAGGAAAAAAAAAAAAAAAAAGCCGGAAAAGUCACGUGACCGCGCGCAGGAGUUCAAGAUGGAGACUGAGCGAUUUUGGUGUCUUCACUGUUAGCUAGCUGUUUACUAAUAACAAACAAUAACAGCGGACUACCACCACGUUUUUUUUAACGCUGACAGUAUAGAUUUAUAACCCCAGCCCUGAGAUGUGCAUUUGGCAGCUUUUGGCCACGAUGAGGUAAAGUUAUUUGUAAACAAAAGACCACCUGAAGAAUAUUCAACAUAAAGAGGUAGCCAGAGGAGAAAACUGUCAAUGCUCUUCAUCAUAAAGUCAUCUUGAGAGAGAGAGAGAGGAGAUCGAGAUGGCCCUGAGAGAGUUGAAGGUUUGUCUCCUGGGGGACACUGGCGUUGGAAAAUCCAGUAUUGUUUGGAGAUUUGUGGAGGACAGCUUUGACCCAAACAUCAACCCAACAAUUGGGGCUUCCUUCAUGACCAAGACGGUGCAAUACCAGAAUGAGCUGCACAAGUUCCUGAUCUGGGACACAGCAGGACAGGAGCGGUUUCGUGCCCUGGCACCGAUGUACUACAGAGGUUCAGCUGCGGCCAUCAUCGUUUAUGACAUCACAAAAGAGGAAUCCUUCCAAACACUGAAGAACUGGGUGAAGGAGCUGCGACAGCACGGCCCCCCUAAUAUUGUGGUUGCCAUCGCUGGCAACAAAUGUGACCUUUUAGACGCAAGGGAAGUGCCAGAGAAGGAUGCCAAGGACUAUGCUGACUCCAUUCAUGCCAUCUUCGUAGAAACCAGCGCCAAGAACGCCAUUAACAUCAACGAGGUGUUUAUAGAGAUAAGUAAGCGGAUCCCUGUUGCAGAAGCAGCAGGAGGAACAUCAGGAAAAGCUUUCAAACUGGGACGACAGGCUUCAGAGUCUCGCAGGACGUGCUGCUGAUGCUGAUGCUGGUGACUGUCUCCCCCCCCCCC